AUCCAUGGGCAGGAAGGUCCUGGUGACAUUUUGUUAUUUCUGACGGGGGAGGAGGAGAUUGACCAGAUGAAGAAGGCCUUGGAUCGGGACAGCUCUCGUAUGUGGAGUACGAGGGGUGAGUUGCGGUCAAUUCCUUUGUAUUCAUCGCUGCCUCCUGCGCAGCAGCAGCGUAUUUUCGAGCCGGCGCCGACGUCGGAGAGGCCGGGACAGCCGGAGGGACGUAAGUGUAUAAUAGCGACGAAUAUUGCGGAAACCUCCAUCACGAUAGAUGGGAUUGUGUACGUGGUGGAUCCGGGUUUCAGUAAGCAAAAGGCAUACAAUCCACGUACACGCAUCGAGUCGCUGUUGGUCUCGCCGAUUAGUAAGGCUAGUGCUAAACAACGUGCGGGACGUGCAGGACGUACGCAGCCGGGUAAGUGUUAUCGGCUUUAUACCCAAGGUUCGUACGAGACGGAGUUGGUGGAGCAAACUUUCCCGGAGAUUCUCAGAUCGAACCUGGGUAGUGUGGUCCUGACAUUGUUGAAGUUGGGAGUGAAGAACUUGGUCAAGUUUUCGUUCAUGGAAGCGCCGGCCGUAGAGACCAUGAUGCGAGCGUUGGAAGAACUGCACUAUCUAGGCGCCAUCGAUGGUGAGGGCCAACUGACGCCCAAGGGUGAACUCAUGGCGGAGUUCCCGCUGGACCCGCAGCUGGCCUCCAUGCUCGUGGAUAGCGGCAAGCACCAGUGCGUACCGGAAAUGCUCAUAAUUUGCGCCAUGCUCUCCGUGCCCACACCCUUCAUGCGGCCGCGGGACUGCCUGAAGGAAGCGGACUUGGCACACGCACAAUUCAGCGACGAUCUUAGCGACCACUACACAUUACUCAAGGUGUACGAAGAGUACGUACAGAACCAGUACGAACGCGAUUGGUGCUAUGAAAACUUUCUCAAUCAAAGGUCUCUCGCCGCAGCCGAAAAGAUACGCGCGCAACUGCAGAACCUCUAUACACGCCUCGGCCUGGAAGUCACCUGUGUCACACACAACGAACUACGACGUAGGACCGCCGUCCGUAAGGGCCUCUGCGCUGGCUUCUUCUUGCAACUGUGCUAUGGCGGCAAAUGCAAGGCGUACAAUACACUGCCGGAUAAUACAGUCGUCGCAUUGCACCCAUGUUGCUGCAUCCGACAUAACGCAGAAUUCGUCAUAUACCACGAACUCGUCAUGACCACCAAGAAUUAUAUAAGGACCUGCACAGAAGUCGAACUCGAAUGGAUCAAGGAAAUCGCGCCCCUCUACGUCCGAGAUCUCGUUCAGAAAACACCCAACGGUGAAGCGAAGAGGAAACUCAUGCGGCUAUAA